AUGGAGAAGCCGAGCAGAAGCAGGGAGGACGCGGACAAGCGGAAGGAGAAGAAGCCCAGAUCCGCGGCGCUCUUCCGAAAGAAGCCCCUGAAGUCCGUGGGGACGUUUAUGAACAGAAUCCUCAAAACUUUGGGCACUUUCGCUCACUUUGGAGACGCGGACGCGCCGGACGCGGAGGACGACGACGGGGGGUUUCGGAGCAGCGCCCCGUGCGCCCUGAGCGCGAGCUCAGGAGCGAGCGGCGGAGACGCACAGGUGGCGGCGAGGGAGCGCGCGAGAGCCGCGCCGAGCAGCGGCGGAGAGACGCUGCGGCGCCGCUACGGAGACCGAGUCCCGGGCGUCCUGGGGCUCAAGAACCACGGCAACACGUGCUUCAUGAACGCCGCGGUCCAGUGCCUGAGCAACACCGACCUGCUGGCAGAGUACCUGGGCCUGGAGCGCUACAAGCUGGACCUCCGCACCGGAACCGACGAGGCGCGGCUCGGUCGAGGCGAAGUGACGGCGCAGCUGGCGACGCUGGUCCGCGCGCUGUGGACUCUGGAGUACACGCCACAGCUGUCCGUGGACUUCAAGAACGCCGUGUCCAAGCACGGAUCCCAGUUCCGCGGUAAUUCCCAACAUGACGCCCUGGAAUUCCUGCUGUGGCUGCUGGACCGGGUCCAUGAAGACGUCGACCUGGCGCCGCUCAACAACAACAACAACAAGACCAGAGCAGCAGGAGCGGGUCCCAGCGGAGCUGAUGAAGCGCAGCCUCCUGACCCGGCCCGGUCCCAGCAGCCCAGGGUCCAGCACAGCUUUGUCCAGGAGCAUUUCCAAGCCCAGUACAAGUCUUCGCUGACGUGCCCCCACUGCCUGAAGCAGAGCAACACCUUCGACCCGUUCCUCUGCAUCUCGCUCCCCAUCCCUCUCCGCCAGACCAGGCCGCUGUGUGUGACGCUGGUGUUCAGCACCAAGGCCCAGCGGUACCAGCGGGUCGGCCUGGCCGUGCCGCUGCUCGGCUCCGUGGCCUGUCUGCGCAGGAUGGUGGCGGACGAGGGGAAGCUUUCACCGGACCAGGUGAUCCUGACUGAGGUCUACUCCACAGGAUUCCAGCGCUCCUUCUUUGACGCCGAGGAUCUCACCAGCGUCGCAGACAGCGAUGUGAUCUACGCCUUCCAGGCGCCGCUGCUCUACAUCCGAGGGGGCUCUGCUCGGAUCUCAGGCUUCCACCACAGCCUGCCCUCGUCUCCCUAUGCCGCCGGCCCUGAGGGACAGAGGUUGGCUUCAUCCGGGACGCUGUCGUCAGAGUUCCUCAACCAGGGCGCCCCGCUCAAGAUCCUGCUGCUGGUCUGCAACGCUGCCGGGUCGGGCCAACAGGCCGUCAGGUUCGGCCCACCGUUCCUCAUGAGGGAGGACCGGUCUAUUUCCUGGGACCAGCUGCAGCAGAGCAUCCUCAGCAAACUCUAUUAUCUGAUGAUCAACGGCGGCCCAGCGCAGAACGCCAGGGUUCUGUUCAACGUGCGUGUGGUGGGCGGGUCCGUGUUCUACAGCUACCUGAGUCCUCAGGACGUCCAGCCGCUGCACCACCCUGCUGUGGACAGGGCUCUGAAGCUCUGCGGCUCAGGAGGACCCCCCCACGUGAAGCUCAUCGUGGAGUGGGAGCACAGAAUCAAGGACUGCCUAUUCGGGAACAUUCAGGAGGAGGUGGUGAAGGACGCCGAGAGCGUGAGGAUCCUGCAGCAGCAGCACAUCCAGCAGUACAGCUGCACCCUGGACGAGUGCUUCCAGCUGUACACCAAGGAGGAGCAGCUCGCCCCGGACGACGCCUGGAGGUGCCCCCACUGCCGGCAGCUGCAGCAGGGCGUGGUGAAGAUGAGCCUGUGGACGCUGCCCGACAUCCUCAUCCUCCACCUCAAGCGCUUCAGGCAGGUGGGGGAGCGCAGGAACAAGCUGACCACGCUGGUGCAGUUCCCCCUGGCGGCUCUGGACAUGGCGCCCCACAUGGUGAACCGGAGCCACGGCGCCGCCCGGCCCCGCCCCCCGGAGUCCCUGUACGACCUGUACGCCGUGUGUGACCACCACGGGGGCAUGCACGGCGGCCACUACACGGCCUCCUGCAGGAACUCCGUGGACGGCCAGUGGUACAGCUACGACGACAGCAGCGUGGAGCCGCUCCCACAGGCCGACGUGUGCACGCGAGGAGCCUACAUCCUGUUCUACCAGCGGAGGAACGCCAUCCCCCCCUGGUCGGCCAGCUCCUCGCUGGGCUGCAGCUCCUCCUCCGGCCACUGGCUGCUCAGGCUGAACGGGGGAAGGCAGAGGGGCAGCGCGGCGCCCGUCGCUGGGCCUCAGCACACACACGUCCAGGCCCCGGCGUCGCCAAAGCUGCUGGUGUUCAGAGACGAACCUCCCAGAGCUGCAGAGACCAACGGGUUUGAGGAGCAGGUGUUUGUUCGCGGUGCAGGCAGGAGCCUCAGCAUGAGGUCACCAACCAAACCCAAGGAGGCUCUGAGCAAAGUCCUCCCCCUGCGCUGGUCGUUUGGUUCCAAGGACCGGAUCAGACACCCGACCCAGGCCCAGCCCGGGGAGCUGGUGGAGUACCUGGAGUCCGGGCGUCGACCACGAUGUACCAAAGAGCCCAUCAUCUCGCUGGUGGCCACGCCCCCUCAGCGAGCUGCCCAGGGAAGAACGGUGGAAGCGGACCAGGGCUGCAGCUCACCCAGCGGCAGCAGCCUGAGCCACACAGACAGACUCAGCUCUGACUCCUGCUACUCCCCCAAAGUACCGGAGGGUCAGAGCAGGCCGUCCAUGGAGAGGAAUGUGAGCCAGACCAUUGGUGCCAGCAGAACCAGAGAGAACGGGUCUUUGAGGCAGAGGUCCACUAAGGGGGCCAGGCAGGACCAGGGCAGGAACCUGGACUUCUUUCUGCACAGAGGAGCCAUUCUGGGGGGUCACGUCAGCCACAGCGCUCCUCAGAGCAGAGAUUCCACACUGGGAAGAGCUAAGGUCCAGACAGGCGGGACCUCCAGGGCUCAGAAGGACCCGCUGCAGAACCGGGACGACAGGAACGGGUCAGGGGGCCACGAGGGCCACAACCACGACCUCCUGUCUUAUUUUAGACCUGCUUUCAUAAGAAGAGAUCAUCCAAGGUCACCGUUCAAAGCCCCAGAGCUCCGUGUGAACGGACACGACUCGGCCACGCUGUCCCUGUCCAACGGGACGCUGGAGGACGGGAAGGACUGGAAGGACCUCUCAGACCCUGCAGACAUCCAACGGGCUUUCAGCUCCAGCAGCAUCCAGACCAAGCUGGAGCCGACGUUUCGCAGGUGCUCCUCCCUGCAGAGGAACGGGGACGUGGCUGUGGCUCCGCUGCGCCGCCUCCUGCUGUCAGACAGGUCCGGCUACGGCACCGUGCAGCGGACCCGCUACAGCGCCACCUGCCUGGGUAGGACUGGGCCUAAAAUACACAUAAACUACUGAUGUGCCUCUGUGACGUCCAGACUGGACUGAUGGGACCCACAGCUCCCAGCAGGAGGCGCCGCUGGAAGCCCAGCUUCUAUCGGACUGUUUCUACCUGUGUGUCUUAACUAAAUCUAUGCAGAGGUGACGUGAUGCAGCUGAAACGCUGCUGUGCUGAAGCAACGGACUGUGGAUGGUUGGAACCUGGAGCUGUGGUUCAUUUUCUACGCAGACCUGCUUUUAUUUGACAGUUUGGAGACGAGUGGACUAAAACACUAUCGAGCACUAACACGUGCACUAAAAGUCACAUGCUGUAACAACAACCACUGAAUAUACUUCUGUUAUUAUCAAUGCACUUUGUGAAAGGUUUCCUUGUUCAGAGCUGAUUUUCAUUCAGUCAAACUGCAGCAGGUUUUAAAAAACACUGACACUGACUCUGAUCAAAGGUGUAACUGGAAGAAACUGUUUCUCUACAACAUGAAGAAUCACUUUCAUUUCUUUUCACCUGAUGAUUUGUGUGUGUUGGUGUGUAGUAACAUGUCACUGGAGUUAUUAUGGGAUAGAAAGAUCCACAUUGGUCACAGACUUGUGUUCAUGCUGUGGUUUCACUUGAAUAAGAUGAGAGUAAAUGAAGGUGUUUGAGAUGUUUUGGAAAUAUUAUUCUAUUUUAUUAACUUUUCUAAAAGUCAGCAUUUUGUACCUGAUGUGUUAUGAUGUCAUUUAAGCACCAGACUAAACCUGACACACCAGUGUCUGUGCAGGACCGUGUGUGUGUCCAUGUGUGUGUCUGCUUCGUGUCCUGCAGGUUCUUCAGUUACAAAUUAAACACAGCUUUUCCCACAAA